CUAGACAGACUGUACAUGUCAUGUGAUUGUAAACUCUUAGGUCCCAGCGUUUUGAAGAAUUCGAUCACUUUGGAAAGUUUGCAUACAGUGCAGAGCGGAACUUUGAUAAGGAAGACGUUAAGACUAGCACUGGACUUUAGGGAAUACCUCUUAAAUAUGUGCAAGCCGGCAAAAAUGCUCACGUAUGAUUACUUGCCUGUUAAACAAGAACCAAUGGAAUCGCCAUUCUAUUCUGAUUACAUGGCCAAAACCUUGGUAAAGCCUCCAGAGAAGUACAAUGUGAUGUAUGCGUCGCAGAAUGGGCUGCAUAGACUACAUCAGUUUCAUGAUGGACUACCCAAUGGAAACCAAAUUGAGCCAGUAGAUCUUUCCCUCAACAAACGGAGCUCUCCACCCUUUUCAAGAAGUUCUCCUUCCUCGCCAUAUUCUUUGACAACCCUUUCCAACUCCAGCCUGUCCCAUGGGAUCUGUAUGUCACCCUCAAGCUCGCCCCAUAAAAGAACUUCACCUACUGUGUCACCCCACUCUGUGCCAAUGUCUUUUCCCAGCAUAAUGAGCCCAGUCCUGCCCAGUACAGGACUGCCCAGCCAAGGAAUGAUUUCAGUGAUACCAUCAGUCAUGGUGCAGCCAGUGUCUCUUUUCUACACACCACACCUUUCCCAGUCAUUUAUGGUCUCUUCUAUGAUGAGUGGGGAAUUGCAAAGCCUCUCCAGCAUGCAAGAAAUGGGAGGAGCGAGUCAUGAAGUGAUGAAAGCGAUUAAAUCUGAAUCAAGAACAGAACCUAUACAAGAGAGUUACCAUGAAGAAGUUUCAUCUUCAGGCAUGAAUUCAUCUAUUGUGUCAAAUGAGAGCAAUACUCCGUCAGUGAUCGUUCAGCCAAUGAAGCACCCCCUGCCAGUUGAAUCCCCAGACACGAUGAAGAAACGACGCAUACACAGGUGUGACUAUGAAGGCUGUAACAAAGUGUACACCAAGAGUUCCCACCUCAAAGCGCACAGACGAACACAUACAGGUGAGAAGCCCUACAAAUGCAUGUGGGAAGGCUGCACGUGGAAGUUUGCACGCUCUGACGAACUGACCAGACACUUCCGCAAGCACACCGGCAUCAAACCGUUCCAGUGCCCAGACUGCGACCGCAGCUUCUCCCGCUCGGACCACCUGGCUCUCCACAAGAAACGCCACUUACUCGUUUGAACCCCAGAUAGCAACAAAAAUCAUUAGCGUUGCACACUGGUGUGAAUAUUUCAUGCAAAGACACCGUAGGACAGACCAGCCUGUACACUACAUGCUAUCUAAAUGGAUUGUAGAUAAUUUACAAUGUUUUUUUGUUUUAUGUUCAAUAGUAUUUGUGAAGGGCUGGUAUAAAAAUGAUACUCAUCUGGUUUCAAGCUUGUUUUGCCAGCCUUUUAUGUGCUUGCACCUAAGUACCUUUAAACUGUGUAGAUGUCUGGUUACAGCUAAAUCACAAAUAACACUUUAAUGUUAAGUUUACUGAAGUCCCUUAUGUCACCAGUGUGGAAAGAGAAAACAGUUUGCCAGGCACUUUAUCCAAACCUGGGAUUUCUAACAUGGACCAUAACCAAAGACAUAGGAAUAUGUUUGUUCUACAGGAAUUUCUUUUUUGGUUAAAAAAUAAAUAGCAACAUAGUAAACCCCUUUAACUUAUUAUGUUAUUUUCCUCACAUGCUACUUGAGAUAGCACUGCACUGGAGUAAAAUUCACAUUCUUAUUUUUACAAUAUAAUGCAAACAGCCAGCAUAUCAAACAUUGAGCCCCAUACUGAUGGAUUUAGAGCAGCAGGUAUGCUCUAGGGACAAAGACAUCAGGCCUGCUUAAUAUUGAUUGAUCAUUUUGAUGAGUACAUCUACAAUAAAGCUCUGGAAUUUAAAAUAGAGGUUGUUUUUUUUUUUUUUUUUUGCAUGUCCUUGAUUCAAGCAGAAUUAUACAUUUAAGUUAAAUUACAAAAGCAAAGAAGAUUUCUACUUUUGAAAUUGCUAAAAGUUUUUACUCAAACUACUUACCAAAUUUUGGAAAUCAGGUCCACAAGAAGAUCAUUUAACAUACCUGUAUAUAUUCUAUACAUUAAAAUUCAAAUCCCUUUUGUAAGUGCACCAAAUGUUACAGUAAUAACCCUAUAAAUGCAGGUGUACUUGUAUGAAUUUGAGGAUGUGAUAAACUGAUAAGUUUUCAGUUGCAGAGCAAUGUUUUUCUAACUCUCAAAAUGUGAAUUUAUAUCAUAACUGGGCAAUAUUGUUUUAUAAAAUUAAUUUUGGUUUGGGGAAUAAAUAUGGUGAGUUUAUAUAUGGAGAAAUUGAGAUGAUAAGCAGGUAGAAAAAGCAUAUGUAUCUUUUUUUUUAACUUUUAUUAAAUUAAAAAUUAACAUUGUGUUGUAUUUAAAAUAUAUAAGAUGUUAAACACAAUUUCCUUUGCACUUUAUCUUAUUUAAAUCUAAAUAAACAAUACAAUAUACUGCAUACCUGUUUCUUACUUGGACUGAGUGCCAUUUUAAAUUGAUGAAUGCUCCAUCAUUUAUCAACAGACAACCUCUAUAAAAGCAAUGCAUUGUUUACAAUAAAACAAAACACUAAACUCUAAGCACUUCUACUAUUACUUUUGGACAUUCAUAAGCAUUAGAAGGGCUUUACUAUUUCUGCUCUAUUAUGAGCGUGCCCAGUGCCAAGGAUAAGCUGAAACACAGUUUGUUAAAACUGCAUGUUUUAUGUUAAUUGAUAACACAGUUCCAGUUAAAUAUAAUAUGAGCUGUAUUGCUCAAAAUCUGAUAUUUCUGGUGCAAAUUGUAAUAUUUCAUGCCUCAUUUUAAAAUGUAAUUGCAGGCACUUAUUUCUAUGCAGACUAUAGCAAAGUUAAAAUGUUAUGUCAUGACACAUCCAUUAACAGGUGUAUUACUUGUUUAAAACAGUGCAAAGAUAUUAUUGCAUAUAUAU